AUGAACGGAUCCAAGCAACAGACUCACCGCUCUACUGAUGCACGGGCCCCCCCGUCCCCCCAAAAUGGCAAAAUAACGCCAAGAUUUCGAAGGCGCCCAGUUCCGCACCCAAAAAAUUUCAAACGUCCAGUGGAAAACCCACCGAGCAUCGCCAACCCGCCUCAAACCCAGCCCAGCUCAACGCCGUUUGAUUUGCAGAUAAACCUCCCACGGCCGCCGAUAGAUACCCUCAUCAUCGUCACGAGACCGGACUGUGACCAGAGCCCGCACUGCCCCCCCAGCACUUGCCCGGAUUCUCGGAUUCUCGGAUUUCCCACCGCAGUCCCAACAGGCACAGCGAUGGCCGAGUCCUCCUUGCAGGAUCGCCUGCGCGAUCAUGCGAAAGCCUUCGACUCGCUCCUGUCCCUCAUUCCAGCCAAGAUGUACUACGGUGAUGGCGAUGAUAACAACAAUCAAUGGAAGAAGAAGAAGCAGUCCAAGGCCCAAGCCUCCGAGUCCAGACGGAACAAGCUCGACCCCGACAGCAAGCUCAACCGCAGCGUCAAGGAGGUCAUGGAGGAGCAGGCACAGAAGAAGCGCAAGCGUGACCAGGGACUUGAGGAUUCCGCAGAUGAAUGGUCCGAGGUCGAAGGCAUCGAUGCAGAGAAGCCUGGCCAAGGCUUGAAGAAGAAGAAGCAGAGGCCCGUCCCCCAGGAGCCAGAGCUGACCGAGGAGGAGAAGCGCAAGGAAGAAAAGAAGGCCGCCAGAAAAGAGCGCAAGGCUGAGAGGCAAGCUUUGAGAGACGAGGAAGCCGAGUACCAGAAGAGAAACGUCAAGUCAGGCGUCAACAAGGUCAAGCUGGGCCCACGUGGUCUCCAGCCCGACUCUACCGAGGACAGCAAGCCUGCCUCAAAUCCCACGUCAGAAGCCCCGCAAGAGCCUGUGGAAGACGACCAUGACGAGACUGACGAUUCAUCUGAAGUGCAAGACCUAGAAAUGCCAGACCUGGCAGACCUGGCAGGGGACGAGGAGGACGCUGAACAGAAACCAGACUCUGCCACUGCAUCGCCUUCCGAGCCCGAGUCGCCUUUAUUCGACACCAACGGCACUGCCGCCGACUCAGCCGGUCAGCCUCCAAGCACAACUACCUCCAUUUCCUCCACUACUGCUCCUUCCGACAAGCCCAAGCAGCUUAAGAUACCCAAGGACACAGAGGCUCUUCGUGCUCGCCUCGCUGCCAAGAUCCAGACCCUUCGUGCCGCUCGCAAAGCCGACGGCCCAGAUGGCAAGCCUAUCCGUACUCGCCAAGAACUCAUCGAGUCGAGACGGGAGACAGAGGCCAAGCGAAAGGCGCACAAGAAGGAAGUCCGAAAGAAGGCUCUCGAUGAGGAGAACAGGAAGCGUGAAGAGGCACUCGCCUCUGCUCGCAACUCCCCUGGUAGCAUCCUCAGUCCGGCCGUCGACCUGGCGGACACCAACUUCACCUUUGGUAGAGUGGCUUUCGGCGAUGGCGCCCAGCUUUCCAACGACCUGUCACACGUGCUCAACAAUGCCAAGAAGAAGGGCCCAUCAGACGCCAAGACUGCCCUGCUGAAGGUCCAAAAUGAGAAGAAGCGUCUCGAGCAGAUGAACGAAGAGAAGCGCAAGGAUGUCGAAGACAAGGAGAUGUGGUUGUCUGCGAGGAAGCGGGCCGAGGGCGAGAAGAUAAGAGAUGACGAAAAGCUCCUUAAGAAAGCAGUGAAGCGCAAGGAGGUGCAGAAGAGUAAGAGUGAGAAGGCAUGGAGAGAGCGAGCCGAAGGAGUGCAAAAGGCAAUGAAGCAACGCGCAGCAAAGCGCGAGGCCAAUAUUAAGGAGCGAAAGGAUCAGAAGCUCAUGGGCAAGUCGGGUAAGAAGAAGGGAGGCGCCAAAAAGGGAGGUGCCAAGAAGGGCCGCGCCGGUUUUGAAGGAUCGUCCUUUGGCGGUAAGAAGAAGUAAAACUUGGAGUAUCACAGCCGCAGAGGUGGCAUGGGUUUUGUUCAGGGCAUUCUAUGAGUACGUUCCGGAUAUCAUCGUUACAUACCACGGCACAAUUGCUUAUUUCCCAGCGGGCGUUAAUGGGCAUGGGAUUUCGUCAUACUGCUAGAGGAACCGAGUCUCCAUACGCCGUGCUCUGUCCAUUGAUAAUUUCAGCUUCUUGCUUUACAAUCGCUUCUGAAGAUCGCUUGCUCCUCUCGCCGCCUUAUCCACGGGCCAGAGUUGAGAACACCUGACUGCCUUGACCACCUCUGCACUUGUGACCAUCUACUGCAGAAAUAUCUGCACUCUAAACAUUCAGUCAUGCGGUUAGCCAUGCAAUCUUUGUCAGGCUCUCUGAUACUGCAGUCAUCCUGUCUCGUAAGCUAAUUGGACUGCUUUGCCGCUUACAUAUAUACAUACAUAAUAUGACCUUUAGCGAACUUGCAUUUGGUAUUACAGCUUAGCUAAUCGC